GGCCAUUGUUCUUUCAAAAGAAAUUUUAUUUUUCAUUCAUUGUUGAACCGUAUUCGAGUGAAGUUUAUUUCGCAAAAUUUGUUCGCGUUUUCUAAACGUAUAACUACAUACAUAUAUACAUGUAUAUGUAAGAUAUAUCUGUGAGUGCGAGUGAAUAGUAUAACUGUGUUAUACUAUUUUAUAAAACACCAAAAUUUAAAAUAGUAAUUGUGGUAAAGUUAGUAGUAUAACUACAAUUACAGUUAGAAACAAGAAAGUUGGAUUUUUAGUAUACCAACACACAUUACAGGCACGCCAUACAAAAAACGCAAUUAAGUGCAGUGAAAAUCUUGAAAAAUUAAUUGUGAGAGUUUUUCACCAGAGCGCGUAAAAAGUGUGAAAACGCAUAUUGUAUUACAAGCAUACGACGAGUAGCGAAAGCGAAAAAAUAUUUAUUUUCGAUUUUGUAACAAUUUCGGUUGUGCAUGUUUUAUCAAAGUUAUACGGAAAGAGAAAAGCAAAUCGUGUGUAAACCAUUAUUCGAAAUGGCACCCUGUCAAGUGCAACCGAUUAUAUUCCACAGUAAUAAGAACGCUACUAGGACGAUACGUCCAGUGCGUCCGACUGGUGGUGUGCGUCGUAAUCUCUUCGGUCCGCCCGAUCAAAAUGAAAUGGCGCGUAAUUUCGAUAUUGAGAAUGCACGUCAACUCAAACGUUUAAAUAAUUAUAAAAUUAUUGGUGAAAUUAAGCCCGACAACAACAGCAGCAGCAAUGAACGAGCACUACCCGCACUGAUUGCGAAGGAAGUGGCGGAUGAGGCGUGUAAAAAACGUGCAGAAACGGAAAAUGCGAAGCCUGAAACUAAGCUUAGUGGCGAUGACUUAGAUGCGCCCUCCAUGCGACAGAAGCUGAUUGAGAAAACACCAACGCUCCAUACGGUACGCGCCAGCAGCAAAUCGAUCAGCGAAACGGCACGUUACAAACCCUACACUACGCAGACAUUAAUCACUGAUGUGAUGCCGAAGCGAAAAGCCAUACCACCGCCUUAAGAUGCUGAUAUAAACGUUGUUUUUAUGGAUGUAUUGAUAAUGGGGGUUAUGUACUAAGCGUUUGCUGCUGCAGCCGAGUGUGGUGGAGUGGGGGGGAGAGUGCACAUUGAUUUGAAAACUGUGUGUGAAAAUUGUUAACAUGAAAAUGAUAAUUACACAGCUGGCGGAUAUGAUGACGUCAUUUGCCAAAUUAGUGAAAUUCAUUAAAAGCUAUUAAUUUUUAAUAUUUCUAUUUUAUUAAUUUUUCUUAAUUAUUUUUAAUUUUGUAAUUUUUUUCCUCAAUAUUUUCAAUUUGUUUGUUCAUAUUUUUUAUUUUUUUUUUUAAUUAUUUAAAAAAUUUUUUAAACUUUUGUAUGAAAAUCUUACCCUCAAUGCUGCCAACUGAGUGAAGAUGGCAUGUUAAGCUUAAAGAAAUACAUAUAUACAUAUACGUAUAUGUAUAAACGCAUUUGCACACAGGCCAACAAAGCGCAGUCUAUGGGUUCCAUAAGGCUAUAUAUCUAUACUAAGGUACCCGCGACUGCGCGGCGCGGCAAAAGCGAAAUUGUGUGUGUGUGUGUAAAGUGGCUGGCCAGUGCAAUUUUAACUUCAUUAUUAUUAUUAUUUUUUAGUUUUCAUUACUCCUCGUCCUCCUCCCCUCCAAUACAAUUUGUUGGCCUGUGUAAUUAACCAAAACAUUCAUACAAAACAAAAAAUUGGAAUGAUCUCAAUUUAGCAAUGAUGUAGUGUGUGUGUAUAAGAGUAUUAUUUUUCCUCUUUAAUUAAAACAAAAAAUAUUUAAUAAAAUUACCAAAAAGCAUAUAAAACACACAUUACAUAUAAUAUAAAAGUAUAUAAAUAUUUUAAUUGAAUGUACAUCGAAUUUGUAUUUUUAUUAAUGGGUUGAAAAUGAUUACAAAAUUAUUAUUUUUAAUUAAAUUAAAUAUUAUUUUUUUUUAAUUUACAAGAAACAAAAAAAAACACAACUACAACACAAGCAAAAAAUCAAUAAAUAAAUAUAGACUAAACAAAUAAAAUAAAAUAUAUGUUAAAAAAAAUAUACAAAAAAAACAAUUUUGUAAGCAAAUAAAAUCAAACAACUCAUGUAAUGAAAGCUGUGACAAUGAGAGAUUUAGUGUAUUUAGGCAACAGUUUUAUACGAUUUUGUUAAAAAAAUAGCAUUUGAAAUGCCUGAAAUCGUAUUUUGAUAAAAAUAGUUGAAAAAAAUAUAAUUUUAUACAAAAAAAAAUAAUUUUUAAUAAAAAAAUAAUAAAUUUUUAAUAAAAAAUAAUAAGUUUUUAAUAAAAAAAAUAAUAAGAUUUUAAUAAAAAAAUUAUAAGUUUUUUAUAAAAAAAAAAAUUUUUUUUUGAUUGAAAAAAAAUUUAUAUAACAAAAAAAUAUAUAAAAACAAAAAUAAUUUAUAUAACAUACAUUUUUUUUUAUUAAAAAUUAUUAUUUUUUUAUUAAAAUUUAUAUUUUUUUAUUAAAAAUUAUGUCGCUAUAACCAUAUUCUCUCAUUGCCGCAGUCUCAUUUUGUUUUUUGGUGUUGUAUAAAAUGCACUGAAGCAUAUGCGCAAUGGCAAUAGUCUAAAGUAGUAAGUUUUAAUGUUAAAAUACAAUACAAAUGCAACAACAAUAACAACAAAUUUACAACCAUAUUUCCAAUAAUUAUGUUCUAAAUCACAACACUCAAUUGAUUAUGUAAUUACUUAUAUUAUUUUAUUUUCUUUUUAAAUUAGGCUAUAUAUAUAUUUUUAAUUAAAUUUAAUUUUAAAAUUGUUUUAUUUAAUUUUUAAAUAAAUUUUUUACAUAUUUUUUUUUGUUUUGUUGUUUUUUGUACAUAGUAGUUACAACAAAAAAACUGUACUAUGUAUGUAGUGUAGUAUGUAUUAGUGUGUAUUGUUUUGUGUAUGCGCACUUGAGCUGAUCGUCGUUUGUGCUUCAGUGUUUCCGGUGCAAGUGAACCCCAGUAAACAGCUUACAACUGUAGAUAUUCUUAUGUGUAUGUAAAUUAUGAAGAUACAACAAAAUUUAAUUGUAAUUAUUGGAUUUAUCAGUGUGUGGAAAAAAAUUUGUAAAAAUUACUUAAGCAUAUUGUAAUUGUAAUUGUAAUUGUAAUAAAGAAAAGAAAAUAUCAAUAAUAUCUUUUUGUUAUUGGCGCAUGAACAAUUUAAUAAAAAUGUAUAUUUGCAAGAAAAACUUAA